AUGCCGGCGGGCCAGCAGCCGCAGGCGCGCGAGCCCGACAGCGGCCGCCAGCACCCGCCGCCCGCCACGCCCGCGCUCCCGUCCGAGGUGGUGCCGGCCUACCCGCCGCCGGAGUCGGAGGACGACGAGUCCUGGGUGUGGACGCAGAUCAAGGCGGAGGCCCGGCGCGACGCGGACGCCGAGCCGGCGCUCGCCUCCUUCCUCUACGCCACGGUGCUCUCCCACCCCUCCCUGCCCCGCUCCCUCUCCUUCCACCUCGCCAACAAGCUCUGCUCCUCCACCCUCCUCUCCACGCUCCUCUACGACCUCUUCCUCGCCUCCCUCACCGCGCACCCCUCCCUCCGCGCCGCCGUCGUCGCCGACCUCCUCGCUGCGCGCGCCCGCGACCCCGCCUGCGUCGGCUUCUCCCACUGCCUCCUCAACUACAAGGGCUUCCUCGCCAUCCAGGCGCACCGCGUCGCGCACGUGCUCUGGGCGCAGAACCGCCGCCCCCUCGCGCUCGCCCUCCAGUCCCGCGUCGCCGACGUCUUCGCCGUCGACAUCCACCCCGCCGCCGUCGUCGGCAAGGCCAUCCUCCUCGACCACGCCACCGGCGUCGUCAUCGGGGAGACCGCCGUCGUCGGCGACAACGUCUCCAUCCUCCACCACGUCACCCUCGGCGGGACCGGCAAGGCCGUCGGCGACCGCCACCCCAAGAUUGGGGACGGGGUGCUCAUAGGCGCCGGCGCCACCAUCCUCGGCAACGUCAUGAUUGGAGCCGGGGCCAAGAUUGGGGCUGGCUCCGUGGUGCUGAUAGAUGUGCCGGCGAGGAGCACCGCGGUGGGCAACCCUGCCAGGCUGAUUGGAGGGAGGAAGGGCGAGUCCGACAAGGACGAGGACAUGCCCGGAGAGUCCAUGGAUCACACCUCCUUCAUACGGCAGUGGUCCGACUACACCAUCUGA